CUGACCCGGAAUCAAAACAACUCCUACACAGAAUUAAAAUGGAUUUAUUUACGUAACAGCGGCUUUGAAUGAUUAUGAAAAUGCACAAACUUCAAAAAGAAAUAUGUACCUUACACUUCUAGCCCAUUAAAGGUGUAGUUUCAACUUCAUUAAGAUGUCAUCAGUUUGGGAUGAUACGCCAGAUAGGCUGACCUCGUUUGGACCACUUUCUUCUGACACACAAGCCUCGGGAAACUUCCUUCAACGGUUGUUUAAGAAGACUAAAGAUGACUCUGACCUGUCAAAUGACAGCAGUAAGGCUAACAGUAGAGAUGUAUCAGUGGAACGUAACCUCGCUGGAAACAUGACUGGCUCCCGGGAGCAGUCAUUAAGCAGAAACAAUUCCAGGGAUCCGUUAUCGAGAAGGGACCAGUCGAGGGACCACUCAACAGAAAGACAGGGUGUAGGCGGGCAGUUUGACAGAAAAAUGGUCUCACCUAUGAUCUCACGACAGCGUUCCAUGUCCUCAAUACCAACUGAUGGGGAACCGAAGGUUAGCAGGUCAGAGGUCAAAGACGAAGCCACUCGAAGAACUCUGGGUAGCGUCCUAACACGACUGACAGCCAUUGUUGAGCGUAGGGCACCGACCCCACAAGUGUACAGAGACAGCGAUUUUAAGCAGUACUGGAUGCCAGACAGCAGCUGCCGUGAGUGUUACGAGUGUGGCGAUCGUUUCACAACAUUCCGACGCCGACACCACUGUCGUAUCUGCGGACAGAUAUUCUGUAAUGCCUGCUGUUGUCAAGAACUUCCAGGGAAGAUAAUUGGAUACAAAGGAAGUAUUCGUGUGUGUCGUUACUGUCUCGAGAUUGUCAGCCAGUACGCCCAAAAAGCUGAUCCAGACUCUGGAGUCACGCGGGAGGUCAUAAACAAGUACAUGCAGGCAGAGGCCUCGACAUCGCCUGACCAAAAACGAUCACAUGUGGACCUUCAAAGAACUCUGUCAUUAAGAUCGCCCAUUGAUCCAGACAACAGCUCGGACAGCUUGGCUCCCUUUGACCUCACGCCACAAACUGAGUUUGUGGUCUCGGAUAACUUCCCCAGUGACAGAAAACUGCUGCUUCAGGAUUCAAUCCAGCUGCGAAGCCUAUGGUCCCUGAUGUUGGACCCGGAGAAGGGUCUGGAGUUUCAGACAGUCCGGCUCCGACUGCGCACCAAUCAGCGUUGUGUGCCGGGAAACAGGAUAGUUGACUGGCUGUUGAAACAGGAUAGGGUUGCUAACAGGGUACAGGCAGUGGUUAUCGGACAAGCCUUGAUAGACGCAGCUUUUCUGGACCCCAUACACAACAUAACCACACCAUUUAGGGAUGACUUCACCCUAUAUAAACCAGCGGAGAUCCCAUUGUUUGAUGGGGAUAUCCCAGAAUUCAGCCAAUCAGAUGAGACUUUGAUGCAAGACUCCGCCCCUCUCUGGUUUCAACAGAUCCAGUCCAAUAAUUCUGAUUCUAGCAGCAAUAAUGGGAAGGAAGAGCUUUUCAGUACCCUGGCUGAUUUGUCACAUGAUUCCAGGGGAGAGAUCAGAGUUGAUGAGCGACACUUUGACGAACCUCAGCCCCAAGUUCCAAUCAUUAUAGCGGAUGAAGAUGCCCCAGCAGUGGAGUCUAUAUUUGGAACGGUCGCCGAUGGCAACAGUUGCCUAGAUACAGAUGGGGUCAUUGGCAAUGAGAUGACAGGGUCAUUUAGAACAUUGGAGAUAGAUAGUGGGGAUCCGGUUGUCCGAGGGACCUAUGAAAAGUUACAACAAGAACACCAUGAACACCUAACUUUACUCACAAAACAACUUCUACACGAGGAAAACCUGCCUGCUGGCUGGGAAGACAUCAUCAUUUCCACAGUGGAUAGGGUGACGCUGUUUGUGAAACCAGACGUCAAGGAUAACAACGAUGAUAGCGAUAUACGGAAAUAUGUGCAUAUAAAGAAAAUACCUGGUGACAGUCGAGAACAGACAGGGGUGGUCCACGGUGUGUUAUUCAACAAGAAUGUCGCCCAUAGGCGUAUGGCACAGAAGAUCACGGACCCCAGUGUUCUCCUUCUGCAGGGAUCCAUUGAGUACCAGAGGGUGGAGAAUAAAAUGUCAUACCUGGAACCUCAGAUACUGCAGGAGGAGGAGUUUUUGAAGAAGAGCAUUAAGAAGAUCACAUCCCUGAAACCGCGGCCAGACAUUCUCGUGGUUGAGAAAUCAGUGUCCAGGCUGGCACAGGAGUUUCUACUGAAGGCCGGGAUAACACUCAUAUACAAUGUGAAAGAGUCAGUGAUGCAGCGUCUAUCCAGAUUCCUCGACUCAGAGAUUGCCACAUCUAUCGAGAGUCUCAUGGGACGCAUCAAGGUCGGCUUCUGUCACACGUUCUCGGUCCGAUCGUUCAUGCUACCAACCGGUGAUACGAAGAACAUGAUAUGUUUUGACGGCUGUGCAACUCACCUCGGAUGUGCUGUGAUACUCAGAGGAGGUGGAAAUAACGAACUAAAGAAGGUGAAGAGAAUUCUCAACUACAUGAUCUAUGCAUCGUACCAUUCUCGACUGGAGAUUGCCUUUUGUAUGGAUGAGUUUCUCAAACCUCCACAGAAGGAGGAUUUGGAGUUUGAAGAGGAUAUUAGUUCAAAGAAAAAAAGCCAAAAAGAAACCAUAGAGACCCAAAGUGAAAAUAAGAAAAAAGAUGCAAAACAUCAUCACCAUUCAAGGGGUAACUCAAGAGAAUAUGCGAGAAGUGGUUUGAAUUCAAAGGAAAGUAAAAAAGACAUUGUUAAUUUUUAUGUAGGUGAUUCAGAAAACAUUUCUGAGCCAAAUCAAGCAAAUGUGAAACAACAGCUGAUUAAGGAUAAUGAAGAGUUGGAAAAAGAAAGUGUAAAGAGUGGAGAAAGGUCUAAAGUGACAACAGAUACUGAGAAUUCAGAAGUGACAAAUGCUACAUCAAAGAAGGUUGGUGAUGAUUUGGAAAGAACUGGAUCAUUUGUGGCUUUAACUAGCGUUGAAAGUCGUGAAUUUGACAAUAUUCCUGGCCAAGGAGUCCUUGAUCAAAAUGUUGAAGAGUCAAAGAAUAGAUCAAAUUCCCAUGUAGCAAAAAAUGAAAAGACAGAAAAUUACCACAUCAAAAAUCAAACAGCUGAAGACAAUGCAAUAAAUAAAACUCAGGGAACAAGAGAACGCUCAAUGACAAAUGAGCAGAAAGGUAAAAAACAUCCUAAAGAAAAAACUGAUGAUUUAAAUCCAAAAGACAAAGAUCAAGAGGUUAACACAAAUAAAUCACAAACCAACCAAUCUAUAUCAGUCCCAGAGGUGAGGCAUAGAAACUUGUCAGGCAAUCGACGGGAGAGAAGCCCAAAUGUCCAGCGUCGGUCAGCGGCCACCCAGCUCACUGACCACUCAGACCCACUUCAUAAUUACCAGAUAAGCAAGGACGAGUCAAUAUUUGAGUCUUCCAUGGCGUUUCAAGAACAGCAGGUUACUCGGCGGGCCAUUUUCAAGAAGAGUUUAGAUAACACAGUGUUGUCAACAUCUCCAUACAUCAAGUACAGCUUACCUUUCCUGGAGACGGAGUCCGGAGCCAAGUGUGAACUCAGAAAAUACUUCCCUGAAGAGCUCUACUGGUCAUCUACACUGUGUGAUAAGUCUCCUCCAAAGGCCUACACCAAGAAGUCAGACACGUCCAACACAAAGGUGCCUUGUGAGAUGGCCCACAUUGAAAUACAAGAGGCGCAUGAGUUUAUACGUCAACCUCUGAGGGAAUCAGCAAACAAUAUCUCUAUACAGACACUGAUGGCCAAGUUCAGGGCAUAUGGAGGGAGGAUCAACAUUAUGGAGCCAGUAAAGACUGUGGACAGUAGGACAGCCAGGAAUAACAAGGAAAACAAAAACAAAGGGAAACAACUCGAAGUGGAGGUACCCAAGGUAGACAACUCUGUUCCCCGGGAACACAAAGUAGACUGUCUGGACACAGUCCAACACCAAAAGAUAACUGUCCUGUUCAGUAGCUUCAGUUUCCAGUCAGAGAACCACCCUUAUCCCUGUGUAUAUCCAUGGGUGGUGACAAUGGAGUUCUAUGGGAGGCACGACACUACACUGGGAGAGUUCCUGGAGAGGUUCUGCUUCAGACCAUCCUAUGUGUGCCCAUCUGACACCUGUCACAUGUCGAUGGACCUGCACAUUCGGAGGUUCGUCCAUGGGCGUGGAUGCCUCAGUCUCGUACUGAAACGUUCAACCAAGGAGAAGCCAAUCAACAUUGGGAAAACUAUACAGAUGUGGUCUUGGUGCUAUAAGUGUAAACUGACCACACCACGCAUACCAAUGAGCAUUGAGACUUGGCACCUCUCAUUUUCUCGAUAUCUGGAGCUCCGUUUCCAUGGCGACAACUUUGUGAGGCGUGGAGACACAUGUCCUCAUUCCCUCCAUCAUGAGAACUUCCAGUACUUUGGUUACCAGGAUACUGUUGCUUCGUUCAAGUACUCUGCUAUCAAACUGAAAGAGAUCAAGGCGCCGCCAUUUGUGAUUGAUUACACGGUUACUAUGGAGACAGUGUACAUCUACAGACAGAGAGAAGAGGUUAAACGACUCUCUAGAAUGGUGACUGAGAUGUUUGACCAGCUAUUGCAGUACACAUGUACCCUGGAGUCAGAGGUCCACUGUGAAAUUCUCACCAGGAUGCUUGGAGAAGGAAAGACACACCAACAGGCUGACAAAACAAAGAUAAAAGAACUAGUCCUUAUCUUACGAGAGUGGCUCGAGAGCCUCAUACAAGCCAGUGUUGAUGUAAAGGUGCUUACUUUGGAUGAGAAACAACAGGAGACCUUCUGGAGGAUUGAAGAUGGGAUCGUCAACCUGAAGAGGGCUAUUGCCGAGACUGUAGGGGUAUGGAACCAAAGGUUAAAUGAGCUGUAUGCCCAACAAAAGAAGUCCAAGCAGUCUAGUGUGAGAAAGAGCCAGGAACCAGUCUCUUCCAGUCUGGGAACCAGUGCAUUAGGGGAACCAAUACAGACAGAACCAGUCAGAAAUGAAAGGUUGGCUUCUGAACUUGUCAACAUUGUAAGCAACGAUAAUACAGAACACAAACCAGCCCAGACUGAUGCUACUCUGACGGAUACAGACUUGGAUGUGGCAGUGUUGCCCCCUGUGACUGAUACAGACAUUGAUGUGACUGUGUUGCCCCCUGUGCCUGAAGACAUUGGCAGAGAGACUUUGGAUCAGGAUAAUAAGUGCCAGCCCCCAGAACCUUGGCCCCCGAAUAUCCCUUCCAGCCCUGACGAACAGCCAGACAACGAUGAUUUGUUCUCUAUGUCUGGAGGCUCAUACUUCAACAGGCCCCGGCAAGAAUCAGCCUUCAGUUUCAUCAGCAUGUCUCCACCACAACGUAGGGACAGUGCAUGCUUGUCUGAUUUCUCAGCAAGUUUCAUGUACGGCACAACUCCGGGAAUAACGGCAGCUGGCAUCUGGCCAGAGAGCCCCGAUAACGAAUUGUCCGAGACCUACGUGGUCUGUCAAAGAGAGGAUAUAGUUAUAUCUCCUCCAGUCCUAUCUGUGGAAGAGUCUAUGAAGAAGAUGGAAUUGGAACAAGCUGUUAACUCGGGUACACCUGCUGUUGCUUUGACUACCAAUAAAACAGUCACAGACCAAGAAUCAGAGGCAUCUAUAGUUUCUAUGACAACCAGUGGACCAAUCACAGUUCAGGAUCCAGGGGUACCUGCAAUUUCUAUGGUAACCAAUGAGCAAAUCACAGACCAGGAAUCAGAGGCAUCUGUUGUUCCUUUAACAACCAGUGAACCAAUCACAGUUCAGGAUCCAGUGGUAUCUGCGAUUACUAUGGUAACCAAUGAACCAAUUACAGACCAGGAAUCUGAGGCAUCUGUUGUUUCUCUGACAACCAGUAAACCAAUCCCAGUUCAGGAUCCAGUGGUACCUGCUAAUACCAUGGCCAUCAAUGAGCCAGUGACAGACCAGGACUCAAAGGAACCUGUCUCUGCCAUAGCAACCAAUGAGCCAAUCAGAAGGCAGGAUUCAGAAAAGACUAUCAAUCUGGAAGCUUCUCAGGGGACUGUUGUACAGCAGAAGUUAUGCAAGCCUGAAACCUUAAAACCUAGAAAGCCCUUAGGUGAGGAUCAGCCAGAUAGCAUAUCAGGGGCCAUCAGGAAGACCCUGCAGAUUGGCUCAAUAUGGCCCGGAUCUGGAGCAUUCCAGAUACCUAACCCAUUCAACCUGUACGACCACCAUCUCUUGCCGGUGUGUGAACGGGUGCCCGUGGUCGUGUAUGACCAUGAACAGAGCUCCAUCAUCGCAUACUCUCUCAGUUGCCAUGACUACCAUACAAAGCUCUGUGAUAUACAGCAAACUCAAAGGAGUUCUAUGUCGAAGGCUGAUACAGAAAGCCUGGACAAAUACCCCAGAGAAGAACAAGGAAACAUGACUAAACGCCCGUCUUCGGUGAAGCUGUCAUUCUUCAAGGGAGGUAAUCGGGAAAGCUCAUCGCGCAACGAUCUUCCAGACACAGUGAAGUUUGUAAACAAGGCUGAGGGGCAGGUGUUGGAAAGCCCACAAGAUGAAGGGGAGCAUCCAGCGUUUACAGCCAGCAUGUCUGAGGGCGGGGAUAAAAACAGGAACGGGAAACAACCUGUUAACGAUCAUAUAGAGCUUCAGUUUUCUGAAUCUACAGCGAGGUUUUACUGCAAGGUCUACUUCGCGGACCAGUUCCGACAACUUAGAAAACAUAUAUUCCCUGAUGGUGAAGAUGUUUACAUUAGGUCAUUGAGCAGGUGUAAGGCUUGGGAAGCCAGUGGGGGGAAAUCAGGCUCUUCGUUCUGCAAAACUGAAGAUGACCGGUUUAUCCUGAAGCAGAUGUCGGGCAUGGAGGUGGAGUCAUUUGAGAAGUUUGGACCUGAAUACUUUCAGUACCUUGCUUCUAUAGAAAAACAACAGAAGCCAACAGCUAUUGCUAAGAUAGUUGGGGUGUAUCGUAUUGGGUUCCGGAACCAGCAGACAAACAAUGCCAUGAAACAAGACCUUCUGGUGAUGGAAAACCUCUUCUAUAAAAGGACCAUAUCUCAGACAUAUGACCUGAAGGGUUCUGAGCGUAACAGGCUCGUGAAGACGGCCAGGAAGCCGGGCAAAGAUGAAGUGGUGCUACUCGAUGAAAACUUCCUUAGAGGUAGUGUAGAAAAUCCGUUAUACAUACGGCCACAUUCCAAGACAGUGUUGAUGCACGCUAUUAGCCAUGACUCCCAGUUCCUGGCAAGUAACCUUGUGAUGGACUAUUCCCUUCUUGUUGGACUUGAUGAACAGAAGAAGGAAUUGGUAGUCGGAAUAAUUGAUUACAUUCGAACAUUCACAUGGGAUAAGAAGCUGGAGACCAUUCUGAAAUCACACAUUGGAGAUCGAGGGAAAAUGCCGACAGUUGUCUCCCCUGAGGUAUAUAGGACAAGGUUUCUGGACGCCAUGAGUAAAUAUUUCCUGCCUGUACCGGAUCAGUGGUCAGGGUUGGGCAAAGACUGGACGCCGGACCAUUCGUAUCCAGGGAAAUAGCUAGUUGUGAAGUUUUAAUCAUGGACAAGCAUUCCACAAUAAUGAGAAAGUGUUUUGAGAUUUCAUAUCAGUGCAAGACCAGUGAUCAGGGCUGGGUAAAGACUGGAUGCCGGACCAUAGCUAUCAAAGGACAUAUUGGAAUUGCUGUUGAACAUUCCAUAAGUAAAUAGUUUUGGCUUGUAUCAAGUCUGUUAUCACAAAUAUCUGUGUAAUUAUUUUGGUUUGCUUUAAUUGCAUUUAGCAUAAGCUCUGUUGAAAGAAAUAUGAAUGAAAAUUAGAGCGAAACACCAAAGUCCAAAAUCUUAAAGAUUCUUUUACUGAUAGAAAUUGUGAGUAAUAUUUGAUACCAAAUAAUGCUUUCUAAUACAGACCCAAUUCAGCAGAUUUUGUGAAAAUAAACUAUGUCUUGUCUUUCCCAUACAUUGCCAAUGCUAUUCUUAGGAAUGGCUGAAACUUAAUUUAGGAAACAUUAUCACAAAAACUAAUAGUUAUUUCCUGUGCAAAGCACAAAUGUGCAGUUGCUGGGGAUUAUAAGUAUACACAUUGUCACAAAAAUUCAAUACUUAUUAUCUGUGCUAAGGAUUUAUAAAGAUUUGGUAGCCAAAUGCAGAUGCCAAAGUAAUGGGGAUUUUAAGUAUAAACAGUGUCACAAGCAAGGCUGAGAUGCAUAUAGACACUUUUUGAGCUAACACCAAAAAAAGAAGAAAAUUUCUUUAACGAAAAAUGCAUGUACAAAGCACUUCUCUGUUAUAUUUGCAUAGUCAGUUGACACAGCGGGCUAGCUUUACGCCAACAUAAGAUUUGUAGUAGCAUUUGAGCUUAAGAGGUCUGGAAGGGUGCUGCACGUUGUAGCUUAAAAUAGCACCCUUCUGCCCUCAUGGUGAUCAGUAUGUGCACCCUUUUGCCUUUGUAGAAUCAAAUUGUUCUUUUGCUCUGAUUUGACAAUAACAUAAGUAUACUUCACUUAAAAAGUUGCAGGUGACACCUAAUACUUUUUCAAUUAAAUACAAUUUCUAACAUUUUAUGUCAUACAUUCAUAAUGUUCAUGUUCUUCACAGUCUGAUACAAUGCCCCCUUUCCACCCUUAACAACCUGUCUCUCUUGCAGCACCCUGUCAUUUUAAAAUCUGGCUAAAAUCCUAUUUCUUACCAAGGACUUUCUCAACAGGAGCAUUUUUAUAUAUGGGUUUAAUUAUUAUAAUAAUUAUGUUUUCACUGUAUUCGCAUUCUGUAUAAUUAUUAUAGUAUCUGUCUUAUUAAUAAAUUUCGGACCGAUUUUUUAGACACUUUUUGAAACUGAAAUCGGUCUGGCUUGGUCAAAAUCGGUCCAGACCGGCAAAAUGCCGGUUUUUAGAAGCCCUGGUCUUAUAUGGUAAAAAUAGAUCAAUAUCAUAAUGGCAACUCUUGACCUUAAAUUUUGAUAUAGUGUACUAUUAUUGUGAUCUUUUUGCUGGUUUAUUAAAAAAAUAGCAGUGAAUGGAAUCAUGAUAAUAUCAGCAUUUGAAACAGUACGUUUAUCAAAACAUAAUUUUGCUGUUUCUCUCCUUUUUGACCAUUUUACAGUAAAAAAAACUAGGUAAAUGCAGUACAAGCUUGGAACAAAAUUAUGUCAUAUUGGGUAUAUGAUCAUUUGGCUAUAUUUUGCUUCAAUUUUCUAAAUUAAUGUCAGAAUUAUAAUCAUGAAAGAGCAAACAAAAUUAUUUCACUCGUGGCAAAACCAAUAGUUUUGUGAAAUAUUACUGCUCAUACUCCCUUGAUGGAAUAUUUUGCACUCCUACACUGGUAAACUGAACCUAUCAUUAUGUAUGUUCUAUACCACUUAAACUGUAAUCUUAGAUUAUAACCUGUUUUCCACUGGUCAGGAACCAAAUUAUGACGUCAUAUUGUAAAAUUACAAAUAUUAACGAUUAUCAAGGUACUUAUUGAAGUUGAUAGGAGAUUUUAUUGGCCUUAAAUUAAGAACAUACGGUAAUCUACGUUACUAUAUGUACUUAUGUGUACUAUUAUCACUGACUUAAUUAUAAGACUAAAGUCUAAAUUGUUAUAGUUAGUAAAUACUAAUUUAUUUUAGUUUGAUUGUGAUAAAAGCGGAUAGCUUAUAGAAUCAGUCUCAAAUCUUUUUCCUGGGCAGAAACCAGUACUGUGCCCUUUUUGAGCGGCCAUGAGAAAGUACCUCUAGUGUUAUAAUUUGAACCUUGCAAUUGAGGACUCAGAUUUUAACAAUUCAUAAUUAUUGUUUAUUGUUCUGUAUAUUGCGGAAUUUAGGAUUAUCUCCUUUGAAGGUCAAAAGUACUUGUUAAUUGAUAUAUGGUAAUCUGUUAUAAGGUGACCUUGCAUUUCACAAGUCAAGUAGGAGUUUAUUUAAUUGAAGGUUUUUUGAAAAUGAAUUUAACUAUAAUAGGUGUUUAAUCAGUAGAUAUUUUAUUGUUGAAAAAAGGAAGGUGUUGGAAUUCAUUUUAAAACGAUAAUCUGAUUAGGAAUGAAGUUUAAAAUUAUUAAAAGCUACUUAGUUUAUACUAAAAGUCUUAUUUAUUUAAGCUUUAUUAUUAAGACAGCUAAAAGCUGAUUCUAAUCACUCUUUAGUCAGGUUUCUGUGCAGAAACCUGUAUGGCAUCCUUUUUGUACGGCUCUGAGAAAGUACCACUGGUUGGGAUUGAACCCUCAAAAUGAUGUGUUAGAGUUUGACAUCUUUACCACUAGACACUGAAAGCUAUUUAUCAAUUGAUAUUAAAUAAACAGAAUAUAUGAUGUCUAAAUAAUGAUAAAAAGACUUAGCUCUACAGGCAGUCGUAAAAUAUUUAAAAAGUUUACCUACAACAUUUAAAAGACAAUAAGUACUUAUUAGACUGACAGCUGUAUUAUGCAACAAUUUUAUUGCUUAAACAUAAAAAUAACUAUUUAUGUUCAUCCAAAAUAUAUACUAGUAAUAGUAGUAAUACUAAGAUUGUCGCCAUUUGAAAGGUUAAGUUUAUUUUUCCUCUUUUUUCUCCUUUUUUGCACGAAAAUUCAUAAAAUACAAGUAUAUUCUUCAUCUAGUUUGAUUGACACUGAUGUUGUCCUUCAACCAUUCAAUCGACAAAGAAAUGGAUUAUGUUGUGGCAAUAAAUGUGUACUAGUACAAAAAUGUCAAGGUUUUGUGAUUCAAUGGAUCACCUCUGACAAACAACCUCAGACAGGUGAUCAGGCAGUGGAGCUAUUAAAGCUGCACUCUCACGGAUUUACCAUUUUUCCAACUUUUUUAUUUUUUGUCUUGGAAUUAGCAAACUUUUGUGUAAA